GGAAGUGACGCUUUCCGGAGAAGAUGGCGACUCCCAGCUUGCUGCUUUCACCUGUCAGUCGGCUCCUCCGGGUCGGUUUGGGGCUGCUGAGCCCGGCGGGAUGGAGACCAUUAGCGGUGCCGAGCCGGGGCAUGAGAGAGUUGGUGGAGAAGAAGGAGGGGAACACGACAGUGCUUGAAGGACGCAUUAUAGAAGAGAAAGAGACCUUAUGCCCCCCAAAUCCCUCCGGUCAGUGUCCGAUCUGCCGCUGGAACCUCAAACACAAAUACGACUACACGGACGUCCUUGUCCUCAGUCAGUUUAUCCAAUCGGAUGGCGGGAUGUUGGCACGCAGAGUGACGGGCCUGUGUACGGAGGAACACAAGAAGGUGGCAGCAUGCGUUAAGAUGGCCCAUCGAGCAGGCCUCUUGCCAAACCACAGGCCCAAGAUUCCCGAGGGACAAGUGUCCAAGCCAAAAUUCCAACUUAACAGGUAUCUGACUCGCUGGUCUGUGUCCAGCGCUCGGCCAAUCUACAAGAAAGGACUUAAGUGGUGCAAAGUGAAAAUGCCAGUCGGGGACCCCAUCAUGAAGCAUAAUGUGUGCUACAGCAAGAGACCUCCCAUGUACAAUCAAUGACCAGGACGGUCAAAUCUAAUAAAUGUCAUUCUCUUCUCA